GCGAGGAGCCGGUGCCCAGGGCCUGGGGGGGCUGCCCCGCCGCCGGGGAGGCAGACAAGCCCCUCUCCGUUUUUCCUGUCCCCCAACCCCGUUAUAUCCCCCUCCGUUUCCGUCGUCCUUGCCGUUUGUCUGGAUGCUGAGGCUUUGGGAGCGGCGGCUGUUGCCGUGCCUUUCCUUAGUAUUUGUUUGCCUCCUUCGCCUUCAGGUUAAAAGAUUAAAAGGAAAAGAAAAAGCAAAAGAAAGGGAAAAAAAAAAAAAAAAAAGGCAAAAGCAGCCCAGAACGCCCCAAAGGCCGGGGCAGCCUCAGCUGCGGCGGGAGGGAGCGAGGGGCAUCCCUGCCCGGCUGCCCGGGAAGUUUGGGGAAUUUGCUGAUGGGGGAAUUAGUGGGACUGGAGGGGGCAGCCGGUCAUUUACCAGUUCUGUACAAAAUGUGUAAAAAGCUUGACGUGUCCCAGUCACGUGAGUGCAUAAUUCAAGCCAUUAUUUUGGCAUUUGGAAACAAGGGGGAGGGGGGGUGGUGGGGGAGAAGAAAAGUGGGGAUGGUGAUUCCCAGCUCGUCCCUGGUGAGCUGCUCCCAAAAUAGCUAUUCGCAGCGCGCUGAUAUCACAAAGUGCCGUCUCCUCUCACCCCCCAUGCCCCCUCCCCCCCAACCCCCGUUGGGGCGAGGAGUUUUUGGCCACGGCGGACCCAUGGGAGAGGGGUGCUGCGGGGACCAGCAGCACCCAUCCUCGGCAGGAGCCUGGGAGUUGGGUGUCUGCCCGGUUGUUGUUUUUCUUUUGAGUUUGGGUUUCUUGUUUUGGGUUUUGGGUUUUUUUCCCCCUUUUUUGAGACAAUUCCAAAGCACUUCCGCUGAUUGAUCAUUAACCUGGUGAGUUAUUGCGCUUCUAAGCAAAGGUCAGUGGGAGAAAAAGGUCUAAUCUGUCAAGGCAAACCCACUGGUCACUCAGUUUCAUUUUGAUUUCUUAUCCGGGCUGGCUUCUGUUUGGGGUUUCAGGAGGUCCUGGACCCUCCAUAACUCUCCCCUCCUCCUCGGAGCUCUCCUCUCCCUCGGGCUCCCUGUUUGCGGAGUAGGAAAACCCAAACCCCUUCCCUUUAGACAAAAAAAAAGACGGUGAGCAGCCCCGCGGGACGGGGCGGUGGGUGCUGCGCUGCUGCCCGCCCUGUCCGGGGGCUGAGCCCCUCGACGGCUGCGGGACGAGCAGGGGCCGGGCUGGACCGGCACCACCUCUAAGAAAUUAAUGCAAACCACAUAAAGCAAAACCUCCAAAAUCAAAACAAAGAACACCGGGGCGGGGGGGAGGGAUGAUGACGACGACGACGGUCCUCGCUCUAUCCCUCUUGUGCCUGUACUGCGAGGGAAUAAAUUAAAAACAAAGAAAAACAAACACCCCCCUCGCCUUCCUUGCUGGGGCCGUUAUUUAUGCCAGCUUCUUUUUGAUUGUUUGUUUCUCUUUUCCCCUCCUCCCUCUUGCAUCUACUGCGAAUAAACGCGGUUCUCCCUCUUUCCUCCACCUCCCUCGGGCUGCCCACUUCUCCCCGGCCUCCCCGGCGCGGCGUGGGAGGAACUUGCCGAGGCUCCGCUUGGCUUUACUGCCUUCCCAGCGCAGAAAGGGUGCUUGCCUUUCUUCUUCUUCUUCUUCUUCUUUUUUUUUUUUUCCCUUCUCGCUUUACAAAUCUCUGUGUGUACUCUACAGAGGGAACUGAAAAGCCCCAGUCAACCGGGGAAGGCUGUGAUGUAAGUGGAAUAUUGCCAAAGCUGUGUAUUAAAGUGUGCGCAUGUAAUAAUAAUACUAAUAAAAAAUACAGCUAUAGGCCGCCGACUAGAGAAGGUCACGAAGCAUCCGCGGUGAUUUAUGGACUCGGGGAUGUUGUCACAAGCAGAGUAGGGGUGUGAGGGGAACAUUUUUAUUUGAGAUUAAUAACAUCAACAUACAGAACGGAAACAGGAUUAUUAAAGCGACUGAAUGUUUCCCAAAACGAAAAUAUUUUUAAAUGAGAUUGCUUUUUCUCUCUCCCCUUCUUUCUCCCUUUCUGAGUCCUUCGUGCCAAAGUUGCGGUGAUAAAUCUUGGCGUGGCUUUAAAAAUGUUUAUGGCUCGAAACCGUUAAUUCUGAUACCAAAUCACUGCUGUGUGAAUGGUGUCCUCGUAUACCAUAAAGCAUCUCCGUCCUCCCCCCGCUUCGUGGCGAUCCUCCGACCACACUGGAGAAACACGAACAAGCUAUAUCCUGAAUCCUUAAGGCUUUUCUGCCUUUCAGGAAAACGGCCUCGUUAUUUUCCCUACAGUUAUACUGUUGUUGAACACAGAGCUAAUUAACUGCAUGUAUUUAAUCUCUUAAAGGCAUUUAACUCUGAAAUUACCACCAGAAUUUAACGCAAACCCUUCCCGACAUAUAUAUAUUUUACAUUGGACAUUCAGGGUUCACCACCAGCCGUGGACAAACCGCCCACGUUCACGCCAAACCGUCCCCAUCACUAACGCGAAGCCCAGACCGGGGUAGCGCUUCCCUCGCCGGGGGCUUUCCACCAGGGAAGGUGGAAGGAAACACCGGGGAGACGUGGGAUCGCAUCAGGUUUACAGAAAUAAACCCGGUGGCCACAGCCUCCGAUGGAAUAUUGGGUUAUCCAUGGAUGGAGCCCGGUGCAGCCCGUGGAAAUGCGGUGGUUACUUGGAUGGGGAUAGUCUCCGAGGAAAUGCUGGGGCUUUUGUUCAUUAGAGCCUGUCUUCUCCCCAUUUCCACCCAAAGAUUUCUCUCUGAUGCAUUCCCUUGUCCACCCUUUUCUGACCGAAGUUUCAUACUUUUUAUUGUUUUUGUUUUCUCCUUUUUGCCCACCCAGUUCUUCUCCUUUCUCAAAGUCCACCGCUGCCUCGUAUUUGCUGGACCAGACAUCCGAGAACUGGUCAGCUUCCAAUAGACAGCUGGAAACGGCCUGUCACGUGGCCUUGGGGUGCCAAUGUUCUGCCAUAGGGGUGUCAAGACCCUGGUAGCCGGAAAAAUCAUUUUGGGGAGUCCCAGAGAUGCAGAAGACAACGUACUACGACAGCUCCACGCUCUUUGGGGGUUACUCCUAUGGGAGUGCCAAUGGGUUCGGCUACGAGGGACCCCAGCAGUCCUUCCAGCCGGCCUCUCACAUGGAGAACGACUACCAGAGGUCCGCCUGCUCCCUCCAGUCUCUUGGCAACACAACCCCGCACGCAAAAAGUAAAGACCUGAAUGGGAGCUGCAUGCGUCCAAGUUUGCCCCAGGAGCACCACCCGCCUCCCCCCGUCUCGCCGCCCCCAAACCCUGCCACCAACAGCACCAGUAGCAACAGCAAUAACCAGUCGGGGAGCAGUAAAACGGCCCCCAGCAAAGCCAACCUCAGUGCAAACGCCAGUCUCACCAAGCAGAUUUUCCCCUGGAUGAAAGAAUCAAGGCAAAACUCCAAACAGAAAAACAGCUCCCCUAGCACAGCAGAAACCUGCAGCGGCGAGAAAAGCCCUCCAGGCUCCUCGGCCUCCAAGAGAGCCCGCACAGCCUACACCAGUGCUCAGCUGGUGGAGCUGGAGAAGGAAUUCCACUUCAACCGCUACCUGUGCAGGCCCCGGCGCGUGGAGAUGGCCAACCUGCUGAACCUCAGCGAGAGGCAGAUCAAGAUCUGGUUCCAGAACAGGAGGAUGAAGUAUAAGAAAGAUCAGAAGUCGAAAGGCAUGGGGUCUUCCUCUGGAGGGCCUUCCCCCACUGGCAGCCCACCCCAGCCCAUGCAAUCCUCCGCCGGAUUUAUGAACGCCUUGCACACCAUGAGCAGUAACUAUGAUGCCCCCUCACCGCCUUCCUUCAAUAAACCCCACCAAAAUGCCUAUGCCAUGUCAACUAACUACCAAAACCCCAUCAAAGGCUGCCCCUCCCAACAGAAAUACACCAACACGGCCCCUGAGUACGACCCCCACGUCUUACAAGGGAAUGGGGUGGCCUACGGGACUCCCAGUAUGCAGGGAAGCCCUGUCUAUGUUGGAGGUAACUAUGUGGAUUCUAUGCCCACCUCUGGCCCGUCCCUUUAUGGCCUCAAUCACCUGCCGCAUCACCAGGCUGCCAACAUGGACUACAAUGGGCCUCCACAGAUGCCCCCGAGCCAGCACCACGGACCAUGCGAGACCCACCCCACCUACACAGACCUUUCCACGCACCACGCUUCUUCUCAGGGCAGAAUCCAAGAGGCGCCCAAGCUGACCCACCUGUGAUAGGGAGCAGGGACAGGCUCAGGCAAAGCAGAUGGGAUCCCGCCAUGGGGCAUGGGAGAGGGGAAGAGGGCAGGAUCGGCUUCAGGAACAUUUGUGUUGACCUCUUUUCUUUCUUUCUUUGACAAGGCAAUUUCUACCAGGUUGUUGUGCUUGCUAUUAUUAUUUCUGGGGUUUAUUAAGCACAAUUUCCAACCAUUUCAGUAUUUACUGCCAAAAGCAGCUCUCUCUCUCCAAAGAGAUAUACCUCCUGUGUUUCAACACAAAUGCUUCUGAAAUGGGUGUGGGGUAGUUUUGUGGGAAUUUAGCAGAUUUUAAGCAGCGACAUCCUUAAUUUCCAAACUAAGUACAGUCCAUCACUGAUAGUUCUCAGACACUGGAAAGGAGAAUAGUCAGCCAGCCAAGUCUUUACAGUUGGUGUCUCUGUGUCUACGUAAACAUGCACAGGUGUAUACAUAUGCAAUCAAAAGAGAUUCGCAAGAAAACUACCCCCCUCUCCAACUCCUUCUCAAGAGGAACCUUCGCUUUCCUUUCCAGCCUUCCAAGGAAGGGCACCCUUUUUCGCUGAGUUACUUCACGCCAGUCCCCACAUAAACUGCAAAUAUACAUACCUGCCAACACGUGGGAUUCACACUCUUCCCCUCCGAUCCCUGCCUCCCCUCUCAAAAGUAAUAAUAAUUUUAAAAAUUAGAAUACAAGAGGUCUAAGAAUUGCAAAAGGUUUGGGAAAAAAGGUUUUGAAAUGCCUGAAUGCCCCCAUCAACAAUAACAGCAGUCCAAAGAGAGGAAGAAAUAGUUGACAGGUCUGAAUAUUUUCCCACCUUUGCCUCUGAUGACAUGAAGUCUCCACUCGACAGCGCUGGAGCUUUUUUUGCGGGGUUUGGGGGUAUUUUUCUUAGGGUUCAUUAACAGAAAAGCAAUCUUAAGACUUAGAAGUCCUAUGCUUCUUUCCUCCUCUUCUCUUGACCUUAUGUGAAAACAGGGUAUAUUUGAACAAAUGGAAUGUCCUCCAAUCGAAGCAGAAGUGAAUGGAUCUCUAGUAUUUGCUAAUGCUUUCUUGUCUGGACAUCUUUGUUGCACUUAGAGUUUACAUAUAAUGGGUAUAAAAACAACUUUGAAGGGCUUUCGUCCAAGACAGUCGAGACGUCCUUCAAUGGGUGUGUGUUCUGGUGAACAUUCAUAUAUAUUUAUUGGUUAUAGCCAGUUUAAAAUAUUUUCCUUUUUUUGUAUUAUUUAUCCCCAAUAUUAUGUAUUUAUAUGAGGAAAAAAGAAUCAAAUUGUACUUUUUUAGUAUUUACUUGUUAUAAAGGACAUUGUGUUUCCUUGUCAUUGUACAACAAGCUUAUUUUAGUUAUUGUAAUUUAGAAAGACCAGUAGUUUUAUGUUACCUUCGUACUUAUGAAUAAUGUAAUUAGUUCUACUGGAGGCAUGAGAGCAGAACCAGACUGUAAUUGUAUAGUCCUGAAUUAGGAGAACUAUAGCGAAUCCCUCCCUCCCACCUCACCCCUCCUCUUUGGAGAUCUUUCUUUGUUCUUAUAGUAGUUAUUUUAUUUCCUUGCUUAAGGGUUGUCUGUUGAACAAUUCUUGAAUAAACUUUCUGUUAUCAAUUUUA